AGUUACUCAGUUGACUACGUGCGGUGUAGUGGUGUCGUCAAUUUUAUGCGCUGCAAACGCUCCCUAGCCUAGCGGCGUUGAACUAAUCAUACAAAGUAGCUUCUUGCGGUUAUUGUGUACUGUGCGUGAUUAUAAUUUUUGUCGAAACUAUGGCUACAGAAGUUACAAAUAACGUACCCGAAACAGAGAAGGAGAAGGAAUUGAAGGAGGACGCGCCGGUAGACAAUGGGCAAACUAAAGAAGAGCCACCGGCGUCCGGCGAAAAGGGCGAAGAGAAGGCAGAGGAAAAAAAGCCUGAACCGGCUCCGCCAAAGCCCACAGUUCACAAGGCUAAUUACGAAAAAGAUAUAGUUUAUCUAUAUCAGUUCUCGAGAACUCCUUUGUUACCGUCGACAUCACCGUACUGCUUGAAAGUUGAAACAUGGCUCCGCCUGGCUGGCAUCAAGUACGAGAAUGUUGACCACAAGGCAAAGUUCCGAUCCAAAAAAGGGCAACUUCCAUUUAUAGAGUUGAAUGGCGAAGAGAUUGCCGACAGCACUUUCAUCAUAAAGGAGCUUUCCGAAAAGUUCAAUAAGGACCUUGAUGCGGGACUAACUCCGGAGCAGCGGGUGGUGGCCCACGCGAUGAUCUCGAUGAUCGAGAACCACCUCUCGUGGGUGCUGCUGUGGUGGCGCGCCAAGUACCCCGACAGCGUCAUCAAGGGCUACCAAGUCAACCUGCAGAAUGCUCUCAACACUCGUCUGCCCAACCCGAUUCUUAACUUCUGCUACAAGCUCACCUCAGGCCGCAAGGGCAUGAAGAAGGCUAAAGCCCACGGGAUUGGUGUGCAUACUCAGGACGAGAUUAUAGAAUUUGGCAAGAACGAUCUUCGAGUGCUCUCCGACUUGCUCUCGGACAGGCCUUUCUUCUUCGGGGACGAGCCCACCCUGCUAGAUGUGGUGGCGUUUUCUAACUUGGCCCAGUUGAACUUCAUCGACAAGGAAGUGUCACAUCCGCUGCGGGAUGCUAUGAACGAGUCAUUCCCGAAUUUGGUGGGGCUGGUUUCGCGCAUCAAGGAGCGUGCAUUCCACGACUGGGACGACAUCUGCUCCACGCUCGAUCUGAACGCGCACCUGCCCAAGCCGCCAAAGGAGACGAAGGAAUCCAAGGAGGGUACAGGGCCCGCUGAGAAGCAACCGCUGCCAGAAGAACCCGAGAAGGGCAAGGGCGACGAGAAGGAGAAAGAGCUGGAAAAGGAGCCAGAAGAGAAGAAGGAGAGUGAGAAGGAGAAGUAAGCGUUGGAGGACAGCGAGCGCGUAUACAUGCUGCAUACAAGUUGAAUAUACACUUAAGAGUCAGACUCGUAAUACAUACACUGUACAUUGUAAGCGUGUAAAUCCAUUUGUCUUUCCCGUUCUUUCAGUUAACGUGGACGCGACGCGUCUCUUCGAUAUAAUUGUGCUUUUGAUUUAUUAUAAUCGUACAUAUAAUAUAUAUUCGAUCGAUGUCGUGUCGUGAUUAUAAAAAGUACGUAUGUAACCAUCAAAGUAAUUUGUUGAAUAUUUUAAUACAUUAUUGCAAAUUAGUUAUAUUUAAUGUGGAUACGGCUUUUUAUGGUUAUUAAUUUUAGUACAUGUACUCAUUUUAUGUUUAAAUUUUAUCGAAUAUGAAAUUAAUGUCUGGUAGGUAAUUUGAUUGUUAAGGUACUUACAGGAUUAGAUAAACUUUUAUUCUGAUGAACGCAUAAAUAUAAUGUAAUAUUAAUAAUACGUAAAUAUAAUAAAAUCAUAACAUUGGUGUAUUGUUGUAUGUUGGUAAUUCCACAUCUCAUUCAGAAUAUUGUAGGUAAGUGUAGGGAGCUCGACAUGACUCUUGAAUCAAUGUUUCGAUUUAAUCAGUAUGUAAUAGUAUCAUUGUCCUGUGUACCUUUUGAACACUUAGGGUCUUGUGAAAGAUAAUACUCAUUCAUCCAUCGAUAUAUUAAUUGUAUGACGAUACUUGUCGUCAAAUGUUUUAAUUCUACGGGAUAUUAAGUCUAGUAUAAUUGAUACCAAAAAUUGGCUGAUGUUUAGUAGAUAAUUGAAAACUAUAACGCAUUUGUCGAAAGAAACUAUUGAGAAAAAUGGUAAUAAAAAUUGUGGUUAUGAUUGAACGACUGUUUUUAGAUUCUAUUGGGUUUAUAAACGAAAUUUUACAAUUUACAAAUAUUUGAUAAACGAAAAAGCCUGGAAGACUGUUUUUUCAUGUUAUUGUGUAAUACAUAAGUCCAUAAAAUUUUGAUAUUGUAUUAAUAAUGUUUAAGAUUUAGGGACAAAUGUACUCAAAUUUUUAUAUGUACCUAUGUAUUUAAAUUCGAAUGUGUAUUAGGAUUUCGUGGCGCGGCAACGACGUCGGCGCCGUCGUCGACAUAAAACAAGUCUCCAUGCUCAUCUUACGUUUCAAGUAUCAUACUUAUUGUGACUGUCUCUCCGCAUGGUUCGUGCUAACUUUAGGUCGAAAUAACAAAUUAUCAUCGCACAAAUAAUGCACCCACAAUUAUACAAAGUACUUUAUAAAAAGACUGUUUGAAUGAAAGUCAAUAUCAUUCCAAUGUGACCAGCUGGCUGUAGAACGGUUAUAUUUUGUAUUAGUAUGGUGUUAUUCACUGAAACAGGCCGAGUUUCACAUUUAGGAAUAAAUCACCGAAAUAUGUUGUACAUUCCAGCCUCUUAAGCGACGUGUUUGAACUAGUAAUUAUGCACUUGUUAUGGCAGCUUUAUUAUUCUUUACUAAAUUAAAUAAUUUCGCUUCGUGAAUCUUGGCUUGGGAGAGAGUUGUACUAGUCGGUUCACUUGGCCGGAGGAUAUCGGUACCAUACUUUUUUAGGUUUGGUCUCUUUACCAUUGCAUUUUGAUAAUUGAUUAAAUUAGAAUAAAAUAAAUGUAAGUCGAUAGGUCUGAAAUUUUACAUAUAAAUAUCAUUUUAACGGUAAUCGUAAGAUAAUAAGCCAUAGAUAUGCGUAACAUUGUUCGGUGUUACGUUAGCUGUUAAGGCGAAAUGCGUCAAGGUUGAGGAAUGUUCGUUAAGAUAGUAGAUGUUAACAGUAAUUAAUCAGUGUAAUGGAAUUUGAUUUUAUGUAUAAAUUUUAAUUUGAAUUUUUGGGGUAUGGUUGACCACUGAGUCCCUCCCGACAACUGCUGACCAUCACUGCCAUUAGUCUCACGUGUAAGGAAUUAAGAAUAAGAGAGUAUAAGUUUAGGAAAUGGAAUUUCAAGCGGCGCGUGCAAUCACAGAGAUCGCGAGGACCAUGGGUGCACGCGCGGCUUACAUUACAGAUACUGAUAUAUAGGAAUAGUAGCGAGGCUACCUGGCCCGAUCAUCCAUCUUUAAAGCCUGUUUCAGUGUGAUGCAACAUCUUGGUAGAGUUUGUAAUGGCUAGCAAUUGUAUCUUUACACAAGCGUAGCGUCACUGGUACCGCACGUACACCACCGCACCACCGACUGUUUCACGUCGCCGCGUCGCAGGAGACGGUCGCUGUCACCUGCACUGUCACAUACAACAUUAGUUCUGUGUGAGCGUGAUGA